UCGAAGCCCAACUCGAUUGCCUCUUACAUGGAGCGGGGCUUGGGGAACAUCUUCAACUUGCUAUCGGCCAUCAACGCCGCCUGUAACUUCGUGCUGUACUGCGCCAUGAGCGACAAGUACCGCCGUACCUUCCUGCGGACCUUCUGCUCGCGCUGGUACCGGCAGCCGUCGCCGCUACACUCCUGGAUGGCCACCGCUUACAGCAACGUGGAGGAUGGGAGUCCUCGCUUCUCCAGGAUGUCCUCUAUGAGGAUGUCGCGACGGUCCUCCCAUAGGAGUAGCGGGUCGGGGAGCCCUCGGGGGAGCCCUACCCAAGGUCGGGGUCAGAGCUUGGGCAGGCCCGGGCACUUCCUGACGGUGCCCAGUCCUUCCCGCAACCCUUCUCCCACUCUCGUGACGCCCAACAAGGUCGUCCUCCACCCCGCCCCUGACGAAGUCUCGCGUCCUCUCCUUAGAAAGACAAACUCGGGGAACAGCAGUAACCCGAGUGUGAGCAGCUCAACCACCGCUGCUUCGCUCCUCAACGGCUGCCCCAACACACAGACCAAUCCAUCUUCGUCAGCCCCGCCACCAGGAGCCGUUCGUCGCUUCGCUCGAAGGCUGUCCAAGCUGUUGACUCGACGCAACACCACCAACUCCCAGUUAGCGGGCAGAAACAUCGUCAUCACCUGCCAGCAGCCCUCGAUGGACGAGCAGACUGCCCUCUGAGCUGUUACAUAGACUUAUGAGUGUGCUGUAUAUUUGCGUAUAGGCGGCAGGUUUGGUGGCGAUGUGGAAACAACAACAAUGGAGUACUUGUCUUGCCUCGUGCGGCGCGGGGGCGCACAGAAGCGCCCGCGCGCUGUGUGAUUACUGUAAUAUAAUCUUGCAGGUGACGGCCGUACAGUGUAUAAAUUUGUUGCUGUGCGUAUAAACAUAUUGCAGCAGUAUACAGUGAACAUUUAGGACUCCGACAGAAAGCCUGUAUAUUUUUAGUAUUAUUUUUGCAGAUACAGUCUACUAAUGGAAUCCUGUCAAUGUAUAUAUAAUGUUUGCAUUACUUAAACAUUUCAUAUUCAUACAUAUAUCCUCCUCCAAUGUACAUUUAUACUGGAAUCUGAGACAAUAAGAUGUUUAACAUACAUUGUAUGUUAUCAACUCUUCAGAGAGCAAGAGGAUGCUACGCUGUGUGUUUACAGACGUUUAAUUGGGAUCAAACUGUAUAAUUCUAUAUAAACCAGCAGUGUGAUACCACACAAGUAGCUGGCUAGUGUUGGUGUCAAGAGACUGUGAUCAACACUGUCAGACUACAAUGGACGAAUCGUAAACCUAUUUUUAUAUAUUUUGAAUGUUUUAGUCGGUACUUAAGUUAAUAUUGUAUGUUAUAAACUUGUACGAAUAAUCGACUGUAUAUUGUACUUUUUAUUUUUUAAACAGAGUGGGAUCCAAAGUGAGUACUUUGGUGUUUCCUUGAGUGUGUGUCGCGAGCGUUCGAACCUUUGAGUCGUGGGCUUCAUCGCACGCAAGCACAAAGGGGUUUGUGUGUGUGUCUGUGCGUUUCAUUCACGAAUUAUUUUUUCAGUAUUUACUCUAUGAGAGAGUAUUAGGAAGUUAAUAAGACGGGUUUUCAAGUCUACACUGUCAGAUCACGAGUUAUUAGUUCUAAAGUGGUGAAUGGCUGGAUUCCACGUAACUUGAAGCAGCCACUGUUGGUUCACGGUGACGACUCGGUAGUGAAGCAGCCACUAUUGGUUCAUAGUGGUGCUUCAACUGCACCACACCUGCAUUUAAACGCUGCCCGUCUUCAUAAACUAUGGCGAAAUACUCGUUAAUACAACCGCCAAACUCCAUGUUUUUUAAUUAAAAAAAAAGUUUAGACAUGACUGGCAACUGAGUAUGUUCGAACUUGUCUCGAACAGUGUUUUUUAUCUCAAUGUUUUCGAAUCGUACCUCCUGGAAAUGCUUCACCCACGCACUACAAAUAUACAAAAUUGCUAAUAUAAUAAAAAGCACCUAGCCUUAACCAUAUACAAAAUUAUAAUGAAUAUUAAUAUGAAUUUACAUACGAAAAUAUCGUCUUUGGUUACAUAGUAAGUUAAUAUUUACGACUGCACCUUGAGGAGGAGUUUUAAAGCCUUGACGACCAUUGCCUGAGAUGGGUGGGAGUCUUGUGCUUGUGAACUGAAAUUCUUGGCGAUUGUGUCGUGUUCUGCCUUACCUGGUUGCUGCGUCGACCUUUAUACACGUCCAGCUGUUACUGAUUGUGCCACGUGACUGAAUAGACAAUAGCCUACGUGUUUAGGGGCCAGUGAAUACUGAGAGAUUGUGAAGGGUGUUGUGAACUUGAGCUGAAGAAAACGUUACUUGCGCGUUGCAUUUGUAAGAGAAAACGUUUGAGGGAGGACACGCGUGGAUUCGCCACAAGGUAAUUAUAGCAUUUAUGACAAUUGUGAAUAGGGAAAUAGUGCAGGAAUGAUAUAUUUUCGAUAAAUUUGUGUUUUUAUUUUGUGCGAUGUUCAUUAGUCUUCAACCAAUGGGUUUUUAUUUACACAUGUACAUGUCAACAUUAUUGCGAGCAGAUAAUCAUCCAUUCAUCUCACCAGGGUAAUAUAUCAAUGUUGUAAUGAAUAGUGAUGUAUCUGUAUAGGACAGCGGUAACCAGUGGGUCUUGUUGUACAUUAGUGAUUCUUUAAUCCGAGUGGCACACUCGGGUUAAAGAAUUGGCGGAGGUGCAGAAAACUUUAUUAAGAAUUUCCAAUGAGGCCGACCAUAGUUCACAGGGGGCUGGCUCCUUUUGAAGGGGAAGUUGGGCUGUUGGUCUCCAACCAUAGCAUUACGUUGCUCAAGUAUUGUGUUAUAGUGUCUUAUCUAUAUCUUUUCAUAUUAUUUGAUUAAUGUAUCAUAUCGUAAUUAAUUUUAGUUUCUGUCCUGUGUAACUUUUUUUUUUAUUACGUAGCCUACCAUGUGAUGGUGUUGGUUUGCAUUGGUUUCUACAUGGGGCAUUGAUUCUUAAAUAAUUAUUAGGCCUCCAAGUAGAUUAUAUAUAUAUAUGAAGUUGAUGUUCUUGCACAAGUUAUUAAAACCGAAAGAGGUGGAAAGACGGGAAUCUUCUCUGUGGCUCUUCUUGACAAGUUUAGACAAUUAAUUCUCAAGUUAAUAUUACACCACCAGUCCUGAGCCUGGCAUAUGUUGCCAAAUUCAAUUUAACAUCCUCAGGGGCAGAGGGAAAAAUUAAAACAAAGUUCAUUAAAGCAAAUGUGUGUAUA